UUUGCAAGCAAUCUGGUUAGUAACGUUACGCCCAUAGUUUUGUUAUAUCAAUGAAUAUCAUAUAGAUAUGUGGCGGUAAUGCUGAACAUGGCUUUAAUGGACUGCAUAUAUUUGGAUACUUACGGUAGUGUUUUGACUUAGCCGAGAGAGCUAGAGGAAGAUCAAAUGCUCCCAAGCAAGUAGACCAGGCGCGAAUGGGAUAGAAUUUGUUUAAAGUAUGCUAAAUCGAAGUGAACCCAUCCUCUCACGUAGCCCACGUUAAUUGCGGCGGCAAUGAAAAUAGUUUAUAACACGUGGUCAGAUUCUGUAUGGCGUAACUAUUUUUUCGAGGAUUCCUGAAUUGUGAAACGUUGGCACACGCAAGGAUCUCAAAGUGACAGUCUUCGUAGUAGUGGUAACCUAGCCUUAGCUAGGUUACAGCUUUUGAAUUUAAUCUUUCUAGGCUACGUUUUUGUUCUUCUGCCCAGACACCUUAUGGUUCUUGGGGUGAACAGUCUGCGGCCUUGGCCAAAUUUGAUGAAACAAGGAUUUGCAUUUUUUCGACUGUUGUGAGACAUAGGCAGCGAAAACCUGGAUGCGCAGUUCCGAGACAGACCAAGCAAAUAAAUACACUACGUCAGGAUAAAAUGACGAUGUCUGUCCCGGAGAGGAUUUCUGGGUCCGGGGGUAAGGAGGAGGAGAGCGAGGAUGAGAGUGAAAUCCUGGAGGAAAGCCCCUGUGGACGCUGGCAGAAGCGAAAGGAGCAGCUCAGCCAAGGUAAUGUGCCUGGGCUCGAAAGCGCCUCCCUGGCCAUGGACACGGAGGAGGGAGUGGAGGUGGUGUGGAAUGAGGUCCAGUUCUCGGACAAGAAGGUCUUCAAGUCUCACGAGGAUAGGAUCAAGGAGAUGUUUGAGAACCUCAUGCAGGUGGAGCAUCCCAACAUAGUCAAGUUCCACAAAUACUGGCUGGACGCGAGGGAGAGCCGCGCACGGGUGAUAUUCAUCACAGAGUACAUGUCCUCAGGAAGCCUUAAGCAGUUUUUGAAGAAAACCAAGAAAAACCACAAGACUAUGAAUGGGAAGGCCUGGAAGCGUUGGUGUACUCAGAUCCUCUCAGCAAUGAGUUACUUGCACUCAUGUGAUCCACCCAUUAUCCAUGGCAACUUGACUUGUGAUACCAUUUUCAUACAACACAAUGGGCUAAUUAAGAUUGGUUCAGUCUGGCACAGGCUGUUUGUCAAUGUGUUCCCGGAGGCGAUCCAUGGGAAUGUACACCAGCACCGAGACGUGCAGAGAAACCAGCACUUCUUCGCUCCGGAGUAUGGCCAUUCUGAGGAUGACUACUCCAUUGACAUAUAUUCCUUUGGCAUCUGUGCCUUGGAGAUGGCCGUCUUGGAGAUUCAAGCCAAUGGGGACAAUGCUGUGUCUAAAGAAGCCGUAACUUAUGCAGGGGAGUCACUGGAAGAGCCUCUCAUGAGGGAGUUUAGUCAGUCCUGCGUGCAUGCUGAUCCUAAGAUGAGGCCUACUGCCCAUGACCUGCUAUUCCACAGAGUUCUGUUUGAAGUGCACUCCCUGAAGUUGCUAGCAGCUCACUGCUUUAUUAACAACCAAUACCUGCUUCCAGAGAACUGUGUGGAGGAGAAAACUAAAUCUUUUGAUCCAAAUGGCAUAAUGGCAGAGAUUGAUCAUACAGAUCGCCCAGGAGUCCAACUGAAGUACUCCCAUGUUUCUCCUCUGGAACUUGACAAAUUCUUGGAGGAUGUCAAAAAUGGGAUCUACCCUUUGAUGAACUUUGCCUCCCAGAGGCCCCACGCCAUGCCCCGUGCCCUCUCCCUGUCUCAGGAACACAUGGAGACGGUGAAGACGCCCAGCCCAGAACCCCAGGAAACCGAAACCAGAAAGGUUGUUCAGAUGCAGUGUAAUUUGGAGGCCAGUGAGGAGGGAAAUAUAUGUCAUCUCUCUCUGUUUUUGAAGAUGGAUGACAAACUUCAUCGCCAGCUCAGUUGUGAUAUUCUUCCCACGGACAUGCCGAGGGAUUUGGCCAGCGAGCUUGUUCACCAUGCAUUCAUUUGUGAGGAGGACUGUGAGAAGCUGGCAGGCUUCCUGGAGGAGGCUCUGGGUAAACACUGGGAAGGCUCCUCUGCCUCCACGUCAGUCACGGCCGUGAUGCAGUGAGGCUCGCUCAACUGUCAGGGCUGCUCCACGUCGUAUCAUCAGGGACCAUGGACGUGGAGUUUGUGGAGAGGGAGAGCAACAACGAGUGAACGAAAGACAAAGGGUGAUUCCCAUGGAGGGAGGAGAUUGGAUGAGUCUCACAAAUCAGCAUGAACAGCAAAGGAAUUCCAAAGAGGACUUACCUGAAGCCUCAGGACACUCUCACUUUGGCAGAGUACUUGAGGGAGGUCUGACGGCUGAGAAGCUAUCCCACAAUGCCACAGAAGUGAUAUUCCACAAGACUCUAUAGGUUUUUUUUUUUUUGUACAUUUUUAUUGUUUUGUCAUGUUUUAGUUUUUGUUUAAAUGGGUUUGGUGUUUGUGAAAACCAUCCAACCCUCACUGACUUCUCAUCUUUGGUUACAUACAUUUUACCGUCCAGGUGACCAAAGACAGGAAAACGGCUUCAAAGACAGUCAGGAGGUAUUGGAUGUCAGAGGAUCAGGAAGGGAGAGCAAGAACGCUAAAGGUCCAAAAUUAUGAAUGCUCCCUACAGAGCAUCUUUGCCGUCUUAAAAUGUCUGUGUUAUUGACUAUACUGAUCUUAAACUAUAUCACUACUUGUAUUAAACAUGUUUGUUUUUAAUGCAUUAUGUUUAAAGCUUGAUGAUUUUCAGCACUUAAGAUUUUUGUCAUUCUGCCACAGUUUGAGCACCUGUAUUUGUAUACUUGUCUUGGUCAGGAAAUCAGUGGCAGUGCAGAUCAAAAGUAACCUGUAGCCCUGACUUCCUUCUAAACAUGAAUUAGACACUUGACAUGCAGACUGUUGUCCCUGUGUGUGAUUAGAUCUUAUAAUGCACUAAGUGCCUGAUUUAGACAGGAAUGUGUCAAAUCUGUAUUUGCCAACCUUGUUGACUCAUGGGUGCAGCCUACACUAAUAAUCCAGCUCCCAGCUAUUUACAGUUUCCCAAACAGGUGUCCAUUGGUUAGAGUAAAAUCACAUUGCGGGUUUGUCUCUUCACUUUACUUUUAGGAAAUAUCACCCAGCUCAGCCAUACAUUGCAAUUGAAAUGAUACUGUCAAUUACCAGUAUAUACAUGAAUGAAGCUUGAAAUUCAGUGAAACAUAAGCGAACAUGAAAUACGGUCACUCUUUUCUGCUUUAAAUCUUGAAGGGCAAGCCCCGCUCACUUUUUUUAUUUAAAUGACCUCAUCAGUACACAACAUCCUAUUUUGUUGGCAAGAAAUCAUGACUGGUUUCACUGCUCUGACUGGGAUAGUCUAGGUUAUGAAAGGGGAUGUUGCAAGGAUAUAAGGUAUCCCGUUCUUGAAGAUAAUACUGUUGCUAAUAAACCUUCAGUCACAUUCACUUUGCUGAAGAAAGCCUGUGAGAGGGUGAAAUCCUGAAUCACUCUUUAGAGGUAUACAGUAUAUUUAAUGUAACAUGAAUACAAUAAUCCUACUGUAUUGGUUUUUCAGUUUUUCAAUUUGUCAAAGUCUACCUGUACCAGUAUCAGUGAGACUGCAUGUUGAAUGAUUGCUAAAAUAAAUUCCAGUUAUUGAUAUUAUUUAAGGCUUUAAAUUGGCAUGAUGUGCAUGGAACCUUUCAGCUCAUUUUCAAAUAAAUCUUGUUAGGAAUUUGACCAAAGCUGGGUUAAUUUUUUUUUAAAGCAUACAAUAGAUUUUUAUUUGGUAAAUGUUUUUAUCUUGCUGAAGCCGAAUCAUGAAAAUAACCUGCAAUAAACGGGCAACAUGAAUGUGCACAAUAAACGCAAAAGCCUUGAAUUCACAUGUAA